GACUUAUUAUCCGCAACAAUGUCUGCCUCACAGCGAUUCCAUUGAAUUCUUCCACCGAUUGUCUACUGAAUCGUUGUUUUUUAUUUUCUACUUUAUGGAGGUUUGGUUUGCCUUCACUUGCCGUUUGUCCCAUAGUUUUAAGUCAAUAUGAAUUGUAUUGAAUAUAAUAGGGAACUAAAGCACAAUAUUUGGCGGCUAAGGCGCUGAAGAAGCAGUCGUGGCGUUUCCACACGAAAUACAUGAUGUGGUUCCAGAGGCACGAAGAGCCCAAAACAAUCACUGAUGAAUACGAACAGGGAACAUACAUAUACUUUGAUUACGAAAAGUGGGGCCAAAGGAAAAAGGAAGGCUUUACCUUUGAGUACCGAUACUUAGAAGACCGUGAAUUGAAUUAA